UCAUAGCUAUCUGUGUUGUAUAGGAAAUGCGUAAUCAGUUUGUUUAUUCUUGGAAAUUAAUGUAAAUUCUCUCCGAAUUUAAACAAUAUAUUCCAUUUCGAUGCACGACGUUGUUCAGUGAGUAUUACUAUUAAAUGAAUGUGUAACAAGAGAGUGUAAACUGCUUUAUAUAUAGCUGUUGUAUUUAAAUAUCUAUUGGUUACGAAUUGAAAGAGGAAGAAAAUUGCACUGUGAACGGGUUAUGUUCAUUUUACUGUUAAAACGGAUUGUUACAGUGAUAAGUGUCGAACAUGCUUAUUAUCAGAAUAAUUAUGUCGGUAAACGUGCAUAAAUCAUCUCAGUGUCUGUGAGAAUUUAUAAGUUUACUUAUAUUGGAUAUACAAAAGGCAUUUCGACUGAAUUGGUUAGUCCCUGACACACAGAGCGAUAAGCAAGAAAUAUGUCUGAAUACGCAUCAUUUGUACAACCUUUAAGUGACAGAGAUUGCCAGUCAUUAUUAACCGAUUCAGACUGUUCUUAUAGUGGAUGGCUACGGAAAUACAGUUUUAGAAACAAAUUAAAAAUAUUUACAUGGCCUCAAGUUUAUGUUGUGUUAUGUAAAGGAUGUGUCUAUUAUUUUGGUAGCGAGUUUGCGAAACGAUCGCAUUCCUUUUCGUUAUAUGGCUAUAACUAUGUUCAGCGAUGCAAUGAAUUUGCAGAUGUUCAGUGGGUUUUCAAAAUCAUCCAUACACAUGCUGAAUUUAGAGCAUAUUACUUCUCCGCGUCAUCUGAACGGGAAAUGAAGAACUGGAUGAAAAUGGUCAAAUAUGAAAUGGAUAUAGCUAAUCACCAAAUAACGGGGAAACAAAGGGGGAAAGCAGAUGGAAAAGCUUUUGACGAAGAGUCAUUAUCGUACCAAUAUUUAGAAGAAAAAAUUUACGGCGACCCUUCUCAAUUUGUAUUACCCCAAAAUUACUCAAAUAAACGAAAAUCAUCUGCAGAUUCCGACGACGAUAUGGAUGGCAGACCACCCCCACCUCCCCCACUUCCCCCAAGACCAACAGGAGAUGCCAAAAAACGUAAACGAAGAAACUAUGAUGCUAUUGAAAUAGAUAAAGUAACAAAAAAAUUGAAUGAAACUUGUAAUAUCACAGAGGCAGAAAGCAGGCAGACGGCCUCCCAAGUUCGUGAAAGACGAGCGAGACCCGAUGGAGCUAGUGUGGUAUUUAAAAAGCCGGAGGAAACCGGGCCAAUAACCCAAGAAGACUAUUGGGGUUCAAUUUACUUUGAUGAAUCUGAAGACACCCGAGAAGCCAGCGAAAUAAUAAGAAAUAUAGGUGAAGAUGGCGUGUAUCUGGUUAGAAAACGUAAAGAUGGUUCGCAUGUAUUGGCUUUCUUUGGAGGACUUAUACCUAGAAAGAUGGUGAUACAAGAAAAGGAUGACAAAUAUUUUCUCAGUGAUAAAUUUCUUGCUGACACCAUAGAGGAAUUGGUUUAUCAUUAUUACGAAAAUAACUUACCAGUAUCUAAAUUGAAAGUGAAACUAGAAACGCCCUACAAACUACAUCCAAAAUAUAAAUCUGUAUGAUUCCUUCAAACUGUGUUUAUCUGUGAUAAUGGCUUGACUGAGAUAGUGUACUUUAAUAAAGAUAUUUUAUCUGAUUAUAUUUAGUGUAAAUGGUUGUUCUCAACAGCAGUGCUUUAAUCAGAAUAUGGCCCUUCAAUACAAGAGUGCACGAUAGUCUUGCAUAUGGAAUGACUUUUUAUUAUUAUAUAUGGCACACAGUUCUUUGUUUUUUUGCACAGACGCUUCCUCUUUGACCUUCCAUAUUAAAUGUGUUUGAACAAGGUGUUUAAUCUCUUUGUUUUCAAUGAAUAUUUCUAUGAAGAAGAAGAAUUAUGGAUAUCGUAAUAAAAUAAACUGACAAAUGGAAAUAGUUAUUGUGUACCAAAGUAUAUAGGACAUAUCAAAUAUGCAAACACCUAUAAUGACUAAGCAAUAUUAUGCGAUUAUUCGUAGGAUUGCCAUUGAUUAUUUCGUAUCAACUCUGAACUUAGUUGAAAGUGCCUUCGUUUGUGGUGUCGCUUUGUUGGGGAGUCGGCGAUUUCAUUGAAAGAGUUUGGACUUGUGUCGGACUGAAACCGCCACAUUGUAUCUGUAAUUAGCUGUUAAAAGGAAUGAAUAUCAGUACCAAUUAUGACUCAUUUGUUAAUUACCUAGAUGUAGGUAGACCGUUAUUUCACCUAAAGUAUAUUGUUUGUUGGUGUAUUCUAUAUGGAAAUCUAAUGCUGGGGCUUAUUCGAUUAUGUGUGAUAUACGCUGUCAUAUGUAUACACAUUUUAUUACAAUUAUAACAUUACAUAUAGAU